UCUCGAGUCUGGGAAGGCGCGCGUUCGACGGUCUCCUAGCAACGGGUUCUUUGAGCUUCAGCGGGAAGCCAUGGCGCGUCGGGAAAGUGGAGCCGGAGGGGGGCAGCCGCAGCAGCAGCGGCGCUUCACCGUGACCGACCUCAAACAUCAGGCCGCCGAGUAUUACCGGAACAAUGAAGUGCCGCAACGCCUGGAGGAAGUGCUGAACGCCAUGUUCUACCAGCGCCCCGCCGACUUCUACGGGUACCUUGCAAACUACUUUUCUGGAUUAUCAAAGCCUCCAGUGAUAUGUAAAAUAUUUGGGAAAAAGAUUUUGGAUGGGAUUGGCCGACCAGCAUUAGAAGUGAAAGUUUAUUGCCGAGUUAGGGACUCUGACAAGAAUAUAUGUUCCGCCAUUCUCUCUUCUCAUGCUGAAAUGCUUGAAAAUGCCUCACCAGAAGCAGUUGAUGCAGAUGAAAAGGAGAGAUGUGAAUCUAUAAGUACAGCUAUUGAAUGGAUAAAUGAAUCAUUCAAUGAAAUGCUUAAAGGCCUUCAACCUACUGAUCAACAUAACAUUGACAAACUGCUUGGUGAAUACUUUACAAAGAAAGCAGAAGAAGACAAUGAAAGAAGGAAAACUGAAAAAGAAAAUGAAAGCCAGGAAGCAGUGUUGACUGUUCCUCAAGCUGCAGCAGCACCUUCUGGAAAAAAGAAAUCAAAUAAACCAGGGAAGAAGGCUUCUGUGAUGGAAAAACCAAUCCUACCAGCAGAACCCCAUGAGCCUGAAGUUCCGGGAAGCAUGGCUAUUGGGUGUAUAUCACUUGCUGCUGCCAAGGCUGCAGCAGCUAUUCGUGAGAUGCCUUUAUACUUGCAUAUUGCUUUGCUGAAAUCUAAUCAGGAGAUAUCUAAAGAACUAGCAAUGCCACUUCCAAUGAUGACAAUACUGAGUUGUGGAAAGUCAUCACCUGGAAGACUUAAUUUAAUGAAAGAAAUUAUGCUUAUACCUCCAACCUGGCUAACAGUUAAGCAAGCUAUUGAAAGAUUUCUGGAUAUUCAGAAACACGUGUUGAAGUUGAUAGAACUGCAGCCUAGCUCCGUGGGAGAUGGUAAAAAGUCUGCUACACGAGAUGCAGGGAAGAAAGUUCCGCCUCCUGUUCUUAAAAAAAUAUCUCACUUAGGCUGCCUUGUGAUAGGGAGUGAAAACUUAGAACAGCCUCUGACUUGGAUCCAGACAGCUUGUACGAAUCUUUCUUUGGAGUUGGGAAUAGAUAUGUAUUUGGGAAUAAACUGUGCUGCUCAUGAGCUAAUGGACUAUAGUAAAGGUAAAUACGAAGUGCUGCUUGGAACACACAAGACUUCUGAUGAAAUGGUGGAUGUAUAUGUGGACUUGAUUAAUAAGUUCCCAUCCAUCAUAACAUUAAUAGAUCCACUGAGAAAAGAGGACAGGCAGCAGUGGAUCACCUUGCGCAAUACUCUAGGUUCUAAAUGUUACAUUGUUGCAGAAGAUUUCUGCAGGAAUAUGUCUAAACUUCUGGAGGACAAAAGCUUAAGCACACCAAAAUGCAGUGGUCUCAUCUUUAAACACACCAAUGAAGCAAAAAUUUCUGACCUUUUAGAAAUGACCCAGCUUUUAGAUGGUCGGAGACGCAUUUCUGUAUUAGGAAGUCCAGAUGGAGAAUCUUUGGAUGACAGUCUUGUGGACCUGGCUGUUGGACUGGGAACCCGGUUCAUCAAGUUGGGAGGUCUUUUGCGUGGAGAAAGAGUGACCAAAUACAACCGGCUUCUUGCAAUAGAGGAAGAACUGGGCAAGAAUGGAAAGCUCUGUGAAAGAGAUGAUCAUGAAUUUAUUGAUUUUACCGAAGAGGAGGAAGAAGAGGAGGAAGAAUACGAAUAUAUUGAUUUUGUGACUGUACAACCCACUGUAUAGAAAACUUUUGACCUUUGUUGGCCUAGAACUGUUUGUGAGAGCAUUGCAUUUUUCUGAGUGUACCAUGGAGGGAGAGCAGCUACGAUGAGACAGUAAAUCUCUUUUUUAUUUCA